AUCAAAGUGAAUUGUCUAUUGUCAAAAUACAAAUUGGAUUUUUUCGUUUAAUUUAAAGGAAUUCAAAUAUUCAACGGAAAAUUAUUAUAAAGCAGUUUAUCAAUCAAGCCAAAAUAUUGGAAGAAAUCAACGAAAUCGCAAUCGAAAAAGUUUACGCCAACACAAUUUUUCCGUAAAUUCAAACAAAGUGUUAUUUAAAAGUGAAAUUAUAAGUGUGCGAUCUGAUUGCCGAUGAUUUCGGGCAGCCUCGCGGUGGAGGGCCCCCCGCGUGGGCUGGGCCUAUCAGUGCCCGGCCACCAUUUAACACAUCAUCCACCAGCAUCAUUUGUCACAUAUCAUCAUCAACCAACACCCUCUUCAAGUGGGGGUGGUGUGUCACAUCCAUAUCAUCAUACUGGUUUAACUCAUCAUCCAAGUGUUGUGGAUAGUGCAACAGCUGCUGCCGCUUGGAAUAGUAUGCGUGCUGCCAUGGUUACCUCACAGCAUCAAUCUUCUGCUUCCGCUGCGGUUUCAUCACAAUCUAGUAAUGUCUCAUCAUCGAUGGCAUCGCAUCCAAGUAGCUCACAACAGAAACAGCAAAGUGAAUUUUUAAUGCCAUUACCAAAGCCACUUAGUACUAGAUAUAAUGGAGGGCCAUCAUCUUCGAAUCUAAGCGGAUCAAACUUAAAUGGAUUACGUAACAGCAGUAGCGGAAAUUCAAGUUCAAGAUCAUCGAAAUAUUCACCACCUGCAUCUUCAACUGUCACAAGUUCGCCAAAUAAUGGACCCGUGAAUUUAGUACAGCAUAAUAAAGACGAUAAUAGUGGAGCACCUUCAUCUCUACCACCUGUACCGACACAAGAAGAACUUUAUCAAAGUGCGGCAGCCGCAUAUGCUGCUCGAAUUUAUGUUCCACAAAGUUUUGCAUAUGGGGGCCUUGCAGGCGCUGCUGGACCAUAUGGACCAGCUUUAUAUCCACCACCAUAUACUCCAAUAAUAAGUCGAAGUGCAUUGGAACAACAAUCUUAUUUCCAGCCACAACAUGUGUACAGUAAUCCAACAAAUCAAAGGACUAGUUUGGAACGUUUAUCGUCUUCUUCAAUGCAAUCCUCAGAAAUAACGGUGAAAUCUCCAAAAGAUGUAAAUAAACUUAUUAAAUUCCAACAACCAAGUGCAACGGUGACAAGUGGUGAAACAUUCAAAGUGCCAAGUGGUAAGGAAGGUUCAUUAAAACAUCGGAUUUUAACACGACCUUCUCCGGGUAGUGGUGGAAGUAACAUAAGUGUAAAUAGUGGAAGUGAUAAUAGUGGUGUUCUCAGUAGCAAAAAACAUUUAACCGUAUCAUCUUCAUCCGUAUCAUCUCCUGGAUCGAUCGCUGCCAAUACAUCUACUGCGAUUACUACCGCACCUCACCCACAAAUCACAACAAAUAUUAAUAACAAUACAAUUAUACCGGUGGGAUUCGGUAAAGAUUCACUCAUUUGUUUAGGAAAUGGUGAAUUGAAACGAGUGGAAGAUAUGCGUACUGAAGAUUUUGUUUUAUCCGCACAACAAUGUCCUGAAUUACGGUUGGCUGAUAGUACUGUGGUCCGAAUUCAAGAAAUUCCAAAAUCAAGACAUGCACGAAUUACUUUAAGUUAUAAUCAGCAUAGAACUCAGGUUGAAAUUGAAACAUUAUUAGAACAUCCGUUAUUCAUUUAUGGUCAAGGUUGGGCAUCAUGUGUUCCCGAACGUACAUUACAGUGUUUUGGAUUAAAGUGUCAUAAAUUACAAGUCGGUGAUAUUUGUAUAACAUUAAUGCCACGUGAAAGUAAUACAUCGUCCAAUUCAGUGUCAAGUAGUAUACAAAAAUCCAUGGCAGAAACGCAACAUUUUGUGACGGGUGGUGGCAGUAGUAGAAGUAUAACAUCAAAAUCACCAACAAUCACGACAACAGCUACAACAACCGCAAUGACAACCCGACAAAUAUCACCAAAGACAACCGUAACAACAUCAGGUGGUACGACAUCAACUUCCACACAAUUUAUGUUAAAUCAACCACAACGGACACAUUCAGCCGAAGAAGUUGCUGCAAUUGAAGCAUCAAAUGCUCGAAAACGUCGUUGGUCUGCACCGGAUCAAAUAUGUGACGAUGAUUCACCGCAUACUCCACGCAGACACAAAGAAUGAUCGUACUUUAAAACUAUUUUACCAAAAUUUAAAUUUUUAAAAACACAGAUCUGAUGUUACGGUGAAAUUGUAUUAUUUAAAAAUAAUGUGAUCUAUACGUAAGCGAUUCCCAUCGGAUUGGAGGAAUCAAAAGAAUGAUUUCAAUAGCGAUUUCGUGUGUUACAAAACGUGCAAUAACUAGAAAAAAUACAAACUGUGACAAAAACAAAAAGUGUGCCAAAAAAAUUUUUUUAAAGGAGUGCACCAACGAUAUAUAUUAGAAAUCGCUGUUUUUAUUAAAACUUGAGUAUUAUUUAAUGCAAUGAAGUGAUAGAUUCAAAAAAUAAUUCAUAAAGACGUUUAAUUAUUAAAUACGUAUGUCGAAAAAUAAACUGUCAUUUUAUCAAAAUAAGACAUGCAGCCACCCAUUUAUUGUAUACACAAAAUAGUCAAUUAAUUGUAUUCAAUAAUAUUUUAACUGAUUUUAAAAAAUUUGACUCUCAAUUGGCGAAAUUUCUUGGUAAUUCUCAACCAAUAAUUUUAUCUUCUUCGUAAAACAACACUACGUUAUUUUCUCACAUGUCGUAAAUAAUACUAAUAGGUCUUGAAAAUGUGUGGCCGGAGGAGGGUAAGGGCAGACAGUUCAGUAUUUUUUAUUUUUAUUCGCAGCUAAAUAAAAAUAUUUUCUUGCAACGAGUACUUCUCGUUUUUUCAGUGAAAUAACGAGAUCGCUAUUCUAAUGUAGAUUUAAAAUGUUGCAGGAGUAAUAACUUCAAACCCUAGAAGAUCAUACUUAUUAAAAUUUAGAGUCGAAAUAUAUGCGUGUAGAUUAACCUAAAGAAACACAAAUAUAAGGAGAAGUUUAGGAGCAUCUAAUUUACAAUUAUAAGUUUCUCUACGAAAACAGUUUAAUUCAUUGAAAUUUUCGUGCCCACCUUCGUGUCUAUGUGUCGCUAUCAAUGCAUAUACAUUACAUGCACGAUACAUUUCAGAAAUUCACAGGUUCCUUGUCUAGAAAAGACAAUCUUAAAAGUUAAGUUCCAAGAAGAGUAUUCUUUCUAAACCGGCAUUAUUUUAAUUUUUGUAAAAACAUAUUUAAUUUUAUAAAAGAAUGAGAAUUCAAUAGAAAUUAAGCCAUUUAUUUAGAUAUGUAAAAUAAAACAUAAUUGAUGAUAAUACGCUCGCCUACCUCGAGGUGGCUGUCUGUUUAUGAUCUCAAAAACAAAAAACGAUUGACGCCAAAUACAUGAUUGAGAAAUAAUAUUUAACUAUUAAA